AAGCGCCAACCCAACCCCGCUCUGCUCUUCUUAAAACCCACCCAAACCCCCGUGCAUUCGGCACUCACUCAUCGCCAUGCCGAUGCCGAUGCCACCGGCGCUCCCGUGCUUGCUCCUCCUCCUGCUUGUCGCCCCUCUCCUCGCGACGCCCACCACGAUCCCGCUCUACCGCCACCUCCCGCCGCUCCCGCCCGCCGCCGCGCAGCACCACCCGCUCUCCCGCCUCGCCCAGGCCUCCCUCGCGCGCGCCUCCCGCCUCAGAGCCGGCCACGGUCACCACCAAGGCCAAGCCUCCGCCUCAACCCCCGUGCGCGCGGCGCUGUACCCGCACUCCUACGGCGGCUACGCCUUCUCCCUCUCCCUCGGCACGCCGCCGCAGCCGCUGCCGGUGCUGCUCGACACGGGCAGCCACCUCACCUGGGUGCCCUGCACAUCCAACUACCAGUGCCAGAACUGCUCCAGCGCCGCCGCCGCCGGCUCCUUCCCCGUCUUCCACCCCAAGAGCUCCUCCUCCUCCCUCGUCGUCUCCUGCAGCAGCCCCUCCUGCCUCUGGAUCCACUCCAGGUCCCACCUCUCCGACUGCGCCCGCAACUCCGCCCCCUGCAGGCCCAGCACCGCCAACUGCUCCGCCACCGCCAAGAACGUCUGCCCGCCCUACCUCGUCGUCUACGGCUCCGGCUCCACCGCGGGGCUCCUCGUCUCCGACACGCUGCGCAUGUCGCCACGGGGCGCCGCCAAGCGCAACUUCGCCGUGGGCUGCAGCCUCGCGUCCGUGCACCAGCCGCCGUCGGGGCUCGCGGGGUUCGGCCGCGGCGCGUCCUCCGUGCCGGCGCAGCUCGGGGUCAACAAGUUCUCCUACUGCCUCCUCUCGCGUCACUUCGACGACGACGCCACCGUCAGCGGCGAGCUCGUCCUCGGCGCCUCCUCCGCCGGCAAGGCGAAGGCGAUGCAGUACGCGCCGCUGCUCAAGAACGCGGGCGCCAGGCCGCCAUACUCCGUGUACUACUACCUGUCGCUGGCCGGCAUCGCGGUGGGCGGGAAGAGCGUGGCGCUCCCGGCGCGGGCCUUCGCGCCCGUGUCCGGCGGCGGCGGGGGCGGCGCCAUCAUCGACUCCGGCACGACCUUCACCUACCUGGACCCGACGGUGUUCAAGCCGGUGGCGGCGGCGAUGGUGGCCGCGGUGGGGGCCAGGUACAACCGGUCCAAGGCCGUGGAGGACGCGCUGGGCCUGCGCCCCUGCUUCGCGCUCCCGGCGGGCGCCAAGACCAUGGACCUCCCCGAGCUGUCGCUCCGCUUCACGGGGGGCGCCGAGAUGCGGCUCCCGAUCGAGAACUACUUCCUGGCGGCGGGCCCGGCGUCCGGCGAGGCCCCCGAGGCGAUCUGCCUGGCCGUGGUGUCGGACGUUUCGAGCGCGAGCGGCGGCGCCGGGGUGUCCGGCGGGGGCGGGCCGGCCAUCAUCCUGGGCAGCUUCCAGCAGCAGAACUACCACGUGGAGUACGACCUGGAGAAGAACCGGCUCGGGUUCCGGCCGCAGCCCUGCUCCUCGUCGUCGUAGGCUCCUUCCUCCUCGCAGCGGCGAGCUGGACUGGGACUGGAGCGCGGGAGCUGUGUAGUUACCGGCUCCUGCUUAAUUACUUAAUUAAUCCAAGAGAGUACAGGCAGCCAUGCAUUGCAUGCUCGCUUGCUUACGUACUGUACUGAAUCGAAUCCAGUGGAAAAGUUAGUGACAGAUUAAGCUGCCCGCUCGUGCAGGCAGCUUUCGGAUCCAGAGCCCCGCGCUUAUUAGAUUUUGAGGAUUUCAAUUAGCAAUAAAUAAAAACGAACGGUACUGUGUGCACUGCACGCGUGUUUGCUUCA